CUUUUAGAUACGGGCGAUUUAUAUUUCGAUUUAUAUUUAGCGUCGGAUAAAUGUAAUUGUAAACAUGUUAUUGCGAAACAUUAUUUUGAUUUAUUUUAUUUUACUAAUAGUGAACAUACGAGUUGUGCACCCACGGAUAAUUACAACAUCGAAAUGGCAACAAACGACCCAUUCUUUACCUCAUUUAGACAGUGCUGACAGUGAAGCAGACUUAAUCACUGGAGUAACCGAUAUAUCAACAGAAAGUGAUUUAAAACAGGUCGAUGAUAACGAGAAAGAAAGCUACACCUACGAAGCCAACGACAUCACUGAAAAUUCGCCCACCAUACAAUCUACCUUUGAAAAUGAACAAGAAACAAAAUUGUUUGAAAAAUCUUUAAUAAACAAAAUUACCGACGGAGAUUACUUUGAGAAUCCACGAGGGAAAAUCAAAGUUCUACCAAGUUAUGUUAACGUAUUAUUCUCGGCAUUGGGGGAGGACGAUCAGCGGGCAAGAAUAUCAACAGGCGGGCACACACCAGAUGUAAUCAUCCGGACCUACAGGGGAAAAUACAGGCGAUGGGAAGAUGGACAGAGAAUUGUGUUUGAGAAUCUAAACUUAGUUGCGUCGUCACGCAUAGAACUGGUGUUUGUAAUGAAGAACUUCAACGAUACAAAUGUUGAUCUAGCCGAACAGUUUACAGUGUUCAUAGAUGUAAAAGCAGAAGCAACGCAGGAAGAACACAAGGUCUUCCAGUUCCAAGAAUACCUCAUUUUCGACAUAUCAUUUGUCAAAAGCUCCCUAAAUGUUCUUACAAUACGGAGUUACUUUCAAACUCAGGAUUCUCGAGUUCGGAUUUUACACAGCUUUGAACCACUACUCGUGGUUUACGAAAACCUAAAAGACAACCCUUUGCUGGUACAGCCAGGCAGAGAGAAAAGGGAUGCUGGUAGCCAUUUUAAAAACAUAAAUGAGCAAGUUAGCUAUGAUGUUUUGGAUGACACGUUCUUUGCUUGUCGUCGACGACCUUGGACUUUACAACUCGAUACCUUCAGUUGGCAUUGGUUACUUUUGCCCGAACACUACGACGCUGGAAAGUGCACGGGAACAUGUGAGUUUCCCCUGACAGAUAACCUGAAUAGCACCAGUUACUCUUAUAUUAAAAAUAUUUGGCACGAGGUGACGGGACAUAUAGACUUCAAUGUGCCUACCGCGCAUUGCGUGCCAAUCAGUUAUUAUCCACAGUCGUUAUGGUACUUGGAUCGUCAAGGUGACGUUGUUUUCCGACAAAUAGCAGAAAUGAGAGUAGCAUAUUGUGGCUGCAUUUAAUCAGCGAAUCCAUGCUUACAAACAGUCGCGAGUCUAAGUCCGGACACAUACCCGAAAAAGCGAAUAUUUUGAAGUACAAAACAUCAUUUGAUUUUGUUGGUAUUUUACACAUUACUUUCACAUACCCUUAGUAGAUGAUAGUCAAUAUUGCAUGCGUUAAAAAUAUCAGUUAGCUUUGGCAUCACUUGAGUCUUGACCAAGACUUGAGAAUGUUCGUAAACAUGGGUAUAGAGCCAAUCUUAAAAACUGCUUGUUCGCAGUGGGCUGACAAAGACCUUUCGAAGUGAGUGUUUCGGUCGAGAUGUUGUUGUUUUUUUGUGACUGGGUGAUGACUUAACAUUAAGCAGAUAAAUCGUUUGGACAUUUUUAAGAGUGAACGAGAUUGAGUAACUGAAUAUCUGGUAUGUCGGUUGGGCCGCAGAAAUCAAACAUUUUGAAAGAAAGACAUAAAUUUAAAAUUCUUAUCAAACAAAGCGGGAGAAAUGUAAAUUACCUCAGACGCAGACCUCGUAUUUAUAAGUCCUUCCUUGCACCAUCGUUAAAAUUGUUAAUUAUUUACUCACAUAUAUAAUUUGAGUCCGGGCAAUUUCCGGGCUGCCGCGAUUGGCCAAUUAGAGGCAAUGAUACGUGGUGAAAUCUUUAAUCAUUUGCCGUGCAUUAUAAUAGUGACAUAUUUGUCAAUGAUGUUCUAUACUGAUUUAUGUAUUUGUUAUUUUAACGAUGAAUAAAACUAGGAUGAAA